GCAGAGGCUCCAGUCUGCGCGCGACACUUGUCCGAGAAGCGUCGCGUUCGACGAAUCAAACAAGUGUGUGUACUCCGACGAUCCGAUGCGACAACAAUUUCUUUAUAAACAAACAGACAUUACUUUGCCCAAUAUAGAACAAAAACACCCCCGUUGCGCUGGUGAAUCGUAACCUGGGGUAACACUUUUAGAAAAGUAUUGUGUGAUUUUCUCGGGAGUGAAGGAGUACUCCUUGGGGUUCUAUAGAACCCCCAUAGGCCCAUAGAGACCUUGAACUGACAGUGCAGUUCUUCCGUGGUCAAUGACCGGAGAUGAGGAGGGAUCGUGAUGCGAUCUUUGUCGGUUCGGAGUGAAACGAAGGGCAGUUUCGGUGCAGGUGAGCGAGCACAGGUGGGAUCAUGUGCAACGUGAGAGGAAAUUGAUCAACAAAGCCGGGGUCAUGGCAGCGAAGAAGAUCUGAGGAGCCUGGUGGCUGCAAGAAUGAAAAUCGAGACGGGAUUCAGUGUUCAGCGAGGGGGAGCAUGAAGUAGCCGGGAGACAACGGUGUUCCAUUGCCCCGAAGGGCUUUUCACCAGCGACAGCCAGAAGAAGAGAGGCCGACAUGGAGAAAUGCGGCGCGGAAUUCCCGAAGCACGAGUGGAGACACCGUCUCAGCCUCCGAGCCAGCCGAAGGAGUCAUCAGGGAGAGGUAGUGAGCCGAUCGACCACAGGAUCGGUCCGAAGCACCAGGAGAUGGGCCAGCCUGCGUCAGCAUGUGAGCAACAACGAGUCCGGGAAGCCCAGGGUCGAGCUCCUCCUUAAUAAUACUCCGGGGUCGAAGUCCUCGACGUCGUCCUCCCAGCCCCAUACGCCUAACACGCCGCGCACACCGCACACACCCCUCAAGAAAUCCAACUGGGAAGUGAUCGAACACCUCACUGGUGAACCACGACCCUCCAUUAUCACGAUGGGCAGAGGCUCGGAAGUUGGGGUUGGACUGACGAACGGAAGGGAAACAACGCAGGAAACCACCGUAAACACGUCGAUAACGCAACCACCGAGGAAAUGUCCGCUGUGUCGGUUUUUGAACUCGCUGUGCGCCUCGCAUCGCUUCAAAAACUUGCAGGUGGAGAUGCUGUACCAGAGAUACUUUCUACGAAUGAACCAGAGCAACAUGACACACGUGCUGGGCCUGCUGGCGGGACUGGCAAUCGCUCUGGGCCUUCUCUUAAUUCUGCGGCUAUCUUUGAACGAUGAUCAAGAAUUUCUAGUCAUGCUGGAGCGACCUGAGAACCUAUCACUUGCUGUCACACUGGUUUUCUGCAUCGCGGUAUAUUCUGUGUUGGUGGCAGCGAUAUCGAGACCAGGAAUGAACGAAGUAUGGUUAGCAGGGGUCAGUGUGAUCAUUCUGGUGACCCUGCUGGCCCUGCAAGUCUCAUUGAACGUCCACCUAGCCCUAGGCUCGAAGGAACAUCGAAGUGGAGGACCAUUAGCAGCAGCCUGGGCUGUUUCUUUCUUCAUCUACAUGGCCUACGCCCUCCUACCAAUUCGUCUACGAUAUGCAUGCGUCGCCGGCUUCAUUUUCUCCGUGGCGCACUUGAUCGGUGCAUUCGCCCUCUACCCAUCCCAUUAUCCAGCCAUGAUGGAACACUUACUGAGUUCUAUUGUCGUGGUUGGCGGAACGAAUAUGGCAGGUGUCCUGACCCACCACCCUAGGGAACUGGCUCAAAGGCAAGCGUUCCUCGAAACGAGACAAUGCGUCGAGGCACGCCUGACGACACAGAGGGAGAAUCAGCAACAGGAACGGCUUCUAUUGAGCGUGUUGCCGAGGCACGUAGCCAUGGAGAUGAAAGCCGACAUCGCUGGCAAGCCGAAGGAUACUAUGUUUUACAAAAUUUACAUUCAAAGGCACGAAAACGUCAGCAUCCUGUUCGCGGACAUUUGCGGAUUCACAUCGUUAUCGGACCAAUGCACCGCCGAGGAGGUAGUCAGAUUGUUGAACAAAUUGUUCGUAUGGUUCGACACACUGGCGGCAGAGCACCACUGCCUACGAAUCAAAUUGUUAGGGGACUGCUACUACUGCGUUUCAGGACUUCCGGAGCCGAGACCCGAUCACGCUCGGUGUUGUGUGGAAAUGGGUUUGGAAAUGAUUAGCGCAAUCACACUGUAUCGAGAGGUAGGUGCAGUGAACGUGAACAUGAGGGUUGGUAUCCACACAGGCAGGGUGCAUUGUGGUGUUCUGGGACUGAGAAAAUGGCAAUUCGACGUCUGGAGCAAUGACGUCACACUUGCCAACUAUAUGGAAAGCGGAGGAGUACCUGGACGUGUGCACAUCACGAAAGAGACACUCGAUUGUCUGGGUGAUUAUUAUGAGGUGGAGGAAGGCCAUGGAGGCGAGAGGAACGCUUACCUCAAAGAGAACAAUAUCAAAACGUACCUAAUCGUCCCCGGGGACCCGUCUAAGGGCAACAAACCCUCUACAGGGCUGAGAAAAGGCUUGCCCGCGAACGGGAACGUGUCCAAGGAGAUGAGAAUGAUGGGACACGGAUCGCAGCACGGCAAACAGGCGAAGCUAGGCUUCGGGGAGACUAACGAGCCGAAGAAGGACCCUGAAGAUGAGGUGAACGAGUACCUGAUGAGGGCGAUAGACGCGAGGAGCAUAGAUCGACUAAGGGCGGAAUACUGCACCCCAUUUAUUCUAACGUUUCGACGGCCUGACGUUGAGGAAAAGUAUUCCCGUGAACGAGACAGAAUGUUGUCUGCCUAUUUUGUUUGCUCUGGCUUCGUCUAUCUAGUGGUCGUGAUCGCCAUAGCAAUCACCCUCAACGGAAGCGUGUACUUCUACACGUGUAUAGCAGUGAGUACUCUACUGAUUGCCCUAAUCAAUGGGAUCCUGAUGGCGGAGAAGAACGAGAGCGUACCAAAAUGUCUUAGAGACGUGGCACUACACAUUUUUGAAAACAGAGGGGUCUCACAGGCCCUGGCCACCUGUGUCGUAUUCCUAACAUUCUUUACUUCCCUGAGCCCGUUGCUGACAUUAGAGGGUGCACGGGUCUGCAGCAAUGCUACGUCCUACAUAGAAUGGCCAGAUAAUUCGAGUGUGACGUUUCGCAGCAUCGAGAACCCUAAUGACGUGUGCUACUAUACUGUCUUUGCUGAUCUUUUCCCGGUGCUAGUGAUGCUGGUGAUGAUAACCUGCGCGGUCUACCAAAUCCUCACGUCGGUGUUCAAAGUGGCGAUACUGAGCCUGGUGGUCGCCUGCUAUCUGGGAAUCAGUAUAUACGAAGCCCUGCACGAGAAAGACGUCGAACUGACUGGGAGAUGGCUCGCAGGCGUUCUAGUGGUUUUCUUUAUGGCCUGUCUGGUUGCUCACUCGCAGCACACCGAGGCUACAUACAGACUGGAUUUUCUGUGGAAGCUGCAGGCCACAGAGGAGAAGGAAGAAAUGGAACACCUCAAGGCCUACAACCAGAAGCUCUUGGCAAACAUACUUCCGGAGCACGUGGCGGCUCACUUUAUGUCCACUGUCAAUUCAGACGAGCUGUACCACGAGCAAUGCGACUUCGUCUGCAUAAUGUUCGCCUCGAUACCUAAUUUCUGCGAGUUUUACGUGGAGCUCGAGGCGAACAACGAGGGCGUCGAGUGUCUGCGGCUUCUGAACGAGAUCAUCGCUGAUUUCGACGAGCUCCUAGCCGAGGAAGAGUACAAGUACAUCGAGAAGAUCAAGAGCACCGGUGCCACCUACAUGGCCGCAUCCGGUCUGACGAGGAGCACCUGCGACAUGAGAGAUUACAAGCACGUGACCGCGAUGGCAGACUACGCGCUUAGGAUACGCGAGCAGCUGGCCUACGUUAAUAAAGAGAGUUUCAACAACUUCCGGUUGCGCGUGGGCAUCAAUAUUGGACCGGUCGUAGCAGGUGUUAUAGGUGCGAGAAAGCCGCAAUACGACAUUUGGGGUAACGCGGUAAACGUGGCCUCGCGAAUGGAGUCGACCGGUGUCCUGGACGGGAUUCAGGUCACCCAGGAGGUCCGAGACAUCCUGAUCGCGAAAGGAUAUCCGUUAACAUGCCGCGGCACCAUCCAGGUCAAAGGCAAGGGCAGCAUGGUCACACACUUCCUGGAUGGUCCGCGGCAGCCUAGCAAAUCUAUCGAGAACGCUGACCCUAAGGUCAACAAAGUCGGCAACAAUGAAUCAGUCGCGUCGCCUAACAGCGUGGACGUCUGAAAAAUUUUGUAGGCAAACAUCUGGAUGUCCCCAAGAAGAAAAGAAAAUUUUCUGUGCAGCGAGUAAUAUUUUCUGAAAGCACCUCUUCUAGCUAACCUUUACAAGCCUAACAGAAUUCUAUUUAUUAUACGCGCAAGAAAUGAUAUUCUAUAUUCGAGCGGGGGGUUCAACAAAAAAAAAAUACUAUCUACGACCUGAGAAAUUUUAUCAAUUAAUGUUCCUCGUUAAUAUCGAAUCUAAUGUUAAAUCGAAUAUAAACUUAAGCUGUUGCAUUGAAUUCUGAACAAUGGAGAUCGCGCGAUUCGAAAUAGAUGUACAAACAUAACAAGAAUACUGAUAUCUAUAAUUUUAUACAAUUAAAAUCCUAUGUAAUUCUAUAUAAUAAUAAUUCUAUAUAAUUGCAUUUC